CACUGCCCAAAUCUGCCGAGUAGGUAACAGAGGACGUUAACGGCUACCUCUCUAUAGUCUCUGUUAAAAUGGCUACAGUUCCGGGGCCUUUGAUUUGGGAGCUCGUGAAGAAGAACAACUCGUUUCUCGUUAAGGAGUUCGGAAAUGGGACAGCUAGUGUGCAGUUCAGUAAGGAGAGCAACAAUCUCUACAACCUUAAUUCCUUCAAGCACUCAGGGCUUGCAAACAAGAAGACAGUUUCGAUUCAAACUGCCGGCAAAGAUCAAUCUGUGGUGCUAGCGACGUCUAAGACUAAGAAGCAGAACAAGCCCGCGAGCUCUCUCCACAAGUCCGUCAUGAAGACGGAAUUCCGCCGGAUGGCUAAGGCCGUUGUCAACCAGGUUGCAAAUAACUACUACAGACCAGAUCUGAAGAAUGCUGCCCUUGCGAGGCUUAGUGUGGUGCACAGGAGCCUUAAGGUUGCCAAGUCUGGUGCCAAGAAAAGGAACAGGCAGGGACUUAAGGUCCGUGGUAGGAAGUGAGGCAAGUAGAUUCCUAUUCUCAUUUGGGUACUGAAAAUGUGGAAGGUAUUCUGAUUGAUAGAUUUUUUUGAGUAGACUGUGGAAGUAGGCUAUGAGCCAUUUGCUUCAGAGGAUAUAUAAUAUAUGUUUGGACUUGAAUUUUGGUAUAAA